AUGGUCGAAGGGUGUCUUGGGAAGUACCGGGUUUUUGACGUUAAUCUAAUCAGAAGGUCCUUAGUUGAAAUGCACGCUAGUUUAUGUGAGUUGAUCUAUUAUGAACAUGAUCAUGCUUCUUGCCAAGUUUUCUCCAGAGAUCCACGAGGAUGUGCUAUUGUGAAAAGAGACUUGCAAGAGAUGUUGGAUCAGAACCUUAUUCGGGUUACAAGAGAUAGAAAGGAAGAUGAGCAUGAGGUAAACGUCAUAGUUCCCCAUUUUAAUAUCCCAAAACCGGUUGUGAUUGCAUAUGAUGGUCAGGAGACUGCUAUUUCUCCGCUGGUUAUCCAUUUGACAGGCCAUAUGCCUUACGAGUAUGAUAAAGUUGCACCUUACAAGUAUAAUGUUACUACGAUAGAAGACGGCAAAGAAGUGCCUAUUCCUGCUUUUCCCUCCAUUGUGAACACUGCCGAUAUAAGUGGUGUGACUGGGAGUGUUAUUGCAUAUUCCAUCCAAGAUAUUCGUGUUAUCCCUACUGAUGAGUUCAGAAGCCCACGAGAAGCUUUGCAAAAGGUCAUAGAGCAGGCCUAUGUGGACCAUGACGUGACAAUUAAUAAAUUUGAUGGAAUUGUGGCCAACAUUACCGCAUGUAACAAUUUGAGCUUCAGUGAUGAAGAACUACCCGAGCAGGGAAGAAAUCACAAUUUGGCCCUACAUAUCUCUAUAAACGGUCAAGAAGAUGCCCUAUCUAAUGUGAUGGUGGAUACUGGAUCCUCUUUGAAUGUUCUUCCCAAGUCUACACUAUCCAAAGUUGCUUACCAAGGUGCUCCAGUGAGAUUCAAUGGAGUUGUUGUGAAGGCCUUCGAUGGCUUGAGGAAGACUGUAAUUGGAGAGGUUGAUCUCCCGAUAAAGAUAUGUCCAUGCUUAUUUCAUAUCACUUUUCAAGUGAUGAAUAUUCAUCCCGCCUACAGUUGUCUCUUAGGAAGUCCGUGGAUUCAUCAGAAGCUGAAGUUUGUGAAGAAUGGGAAGUUAGUGGUCGUGGGUGGCGAGCAGGCCAUGUUAGUGAGUCAUCUCUCCUCGUUUUCCUACACAGAUGUUGAUGAAGCUGGGGGAAUGUCAUUUCAAGCUCUUUCUAUUGAUAAUGUUGCUAUUAAGAAGAGCGGUGAAUCCAUGUCAUCUUUGAAAGAUGCCCAGUUUGUGGUGGAUAAUGGUCAAUCUGCUAAGUGGGGACAAAUUAUUGAGCUUGCUGAAAACAAGAAUAUAGCUGGUUUGGGUUUUUCACCCAGUGUAACCCGAAGAGAUCUAAAGAGAAUUCAGGAAGUGUUUCAUAGUAUUGGCUUCAUUUAUUCCAAAGAUUAG